AUGUGCUCUAUUCCGGAGCCCAUACCACAUAUCUACACAGGAGUUCAAGACUUCUUGAAUAAGUCUCAGAGGUCCUGGCAGGCUGCCUGCGCGGCGUGGAAUGAAGUCCCAGAUGCUCCAACCAUAAGGCUGCCAGUUCAGAAGGCGAAAUUUUUUUGGACUGACGCUUCUGUGCAUCGAGGUUCUGUAGGAUGGGCGGCUGUGUUUCGGAAGGACUGCACCUGGGUGCGUAUUAUGGCAAGAGGAUCUGGAGGAGACUCAUCCCGUAUCGCAGAGCUUCAAGCCAUCGACCUUGCCCUUGACUACACGAUACAGCUCGUUGAGAAGAAGACGGAGAACGAAAAGGGCCGGCUGCAAGUACUUCAAGUGUACACUGACUGCCAAGCCGCGCUAUUAUGUUUGAGGAAAGCUCUAAGAGACUUGUCAGCUUUGGACACCGACAACGAAGAUCGACGUUUUAAAUACAAGACAAUUAAAUCGCAGGUGGCUCAGAAGAUAGCGUUGGAGAUGGGGCAUAAGGUCGUAAAGCUUCAAGAAGUUGGCGUAUAUGCUGAGUUUCACUGGGUGCCUCGGAACAAAACCAUUGGAAACAUCCAUGCUCAUAAGGGCGCUGGUCUUGUGAGAAUGGGAGGGGGAUGUGACUAUACGCUCAACAAUGCACUCAUCGAGUUCCAGCCAGCUGACCCUGCUGGGGAAGGAGAUGAUAACAAGACGAGUGUAUGCCUAGAACACGUUUAUGCAACCGUGCCGCAGAAACAUAUGGCGGAAGAAAUUACGUCGACGUUGAGAGAAAGAGCGGCAACAGUCAAAGAGAUACUCGCAGAGAUGGCCCAGGAUGCUGCAAAAGAAAGGGAACGCGAAGCUACUUGGCAAAGACUAGCCGAAGCAAAAUCAGAAAGCCCCGAAGUUGGGAUCGAUUGGCACAGCGACAUUUUUGCUAUAGACCCAGAAUUGUAUCUUCCUUUGCCAGAGGAGAUGACCGGUGUGGUUACUAGCAAAGUUGCAGCAGAGGGGGCAACUGGCACAUGUACUGGAGAAUAG